CUCUUACUUUCCUCUUGAGCCCAUAUGCGUUGAAGGAGGCAACAACUCUCUUUUAUAUAUAUACACAAUCCAUCAGGUGAAAGAGCAAGAAUAGAAAAUGGUGGGUUCAGAUCAACUAUAAAUAGUUCCCAAGUUUAGCAUUCUUCCUUCUUUCUCUGCCAUUCCUCUAUUUUCUUACCUACCAAACAAAACCCUGCUUGUCAAAAAUGGCUUCUACUUCAUCUUUCGCCUUCUCCUCUAACACUACCUAUGAUGUUUUCCUUAGCUUUAGGGGAAUUGAAACUCGUCACAAUUUUACUAGUCACCUUCAUGCUGCCCUUUGCCGGAAAAAUAUUACAACAUUCAUAGACGAUAUCCUUGAGAGAGGAGAAGGGAUCUCGCCAGCGCUCAUGAAAGCGAUUGAAGAAUCCAAGAAUUCUGUAGUAAUUUUCUCAGAAAAUUAUGCAUCCUCUCGGUGGUGCCUAGAUGAACUAGUGAAGAUAAUUGACUGCGAGAAAAAAUUAGGGCGAAAGGUUUUACCCAUUUUCUACCGUGUAAAUCCUUCGGAUGUUAGAAAACAGACUGGGAAAUUUGGAGAAGCAUUUGGGAAAGUCAAAGAAAAUUCAAAGCACAGCUUAGACGGUGUGGAGAAGUGGCGCACAGCUUUGAUGGAAGCAGGCAAUCUGUCUGGAUGGGUUUCCAGCGACUCCAGGCCUGAAUCCCAACUAUGUGAAGAAGUCGCUGACAGCAUUCUGAAGAAAUUGUAUCCCAUCUCGUUUACUGCUUCUACUAGCUUAGUUGGGAUUGAUUUACAUGUUGAUAAAAUCAAAUCAUUGUUAUGCAUUGACCCAACAAAUGUUCGGGUAAUAGGAAUUUGGGGAAUGGGUGGUAUUGGAAAGACCACCAUAGCUGAAGUUCUAGUUAGUCGAAUGUAUAAUCAAUUUGAUUGCUUUUGCUUUCUUCGCAAUGUUAGGGAAAAAUCAGAAAAAUAUGGGCUAGUUGAUUUAAGAAAAAGCUUUUUCGGAACUCUUGGGAAUGAAAUUAGAAAUAUAGAAAUGCUCAGUGUGGUACCCACUUUCAUUAAGGAUUCACUUAAUAGGAAGAAAGUUCUUGCUGUUCUUGAUGAUGUUAAUGAUCCAGAGCAACUAGAAGCUUUAGCUAUAAAUGAUGAUGAUUGUUUUGGUCUGGGAAGUAGAAUCAUUUUAGUAAGUAGAGAUAAACAAGUCCUUAGCAGUGCUAAAAAGAUAAAUGAGGUUAAGGUAUAUGAGGUUAAGGGAUUGGAUUGUAGUGAUGCUCUUCAGCUGUUAAGUAUGAAAGCCUUCCAACAGAAGCAUCCUCCGGCGGAAUAUAUAGAGUUUUCCGAAAGGGUACAAACUUAUUGUAAAGGUGUUCCAUUAGCUCUCAAAGUUUUGGGUUCUCAUUUGUACAAGAGGACUCCUGAGUUUUGGGAAAGUUUAUUGAAUAACCUGAAGACAAAUCCUCAAUGCGAAAUUCAGAAUGUCUUAGAAAUAAGUUAUAAUGAUUUAGGUCCAAUGGAGAAGAGGAUAUUUUUAGACAUUGCAUGUUUCUUGAAAGGAAAUGACAGAACUUGGAUAGAAGAUGUACUAAAAGAUGGUGAUUUCACUGCGCAUUCUGGAAUAGAACUUCUAGUGGAUAAGUGUCUCGUAACUAUUAUGAAUUACAAGUUAGAGAUGCACGAUUUGAUAGUGAAAAUGGGUCAAAACAUUGCUUCGCGGAAGGGUAUCAUAUUAUGCAAUUCUAAUGACAUCUAUCAUAUGUUGAACUCAACUAAUAAUGAGGCAAAUAAAGUAGUUGAAGGCCUACUUUUGGACAUCUCUACAAUUGGAAGGCUAGAUUUGAAUGAUUCAUUCUUCUCACGGAUGCCCAACUUGAGAUUGCUCAAAUUUUCUGAGGAGUUCUGCUUAAAUUUUGGCUCCAUAUUUGAAUCAAAUUUAGCGGAUCAGUUGCUAAAAUGUUUGCCAAACUUAAAAUCUCUUGAUCUUACUUGCUCAAAGCAUCUGAAAAUAGCCCCCGAUUUUUCUAUGAUGAUAAACAUGGAAGAGAUAAUUUUUGAUGGUUGUGGGAGUUUGAUUGAGAUUCCAUCAUCCAUUCGUUGCCUGAAAAGACUCCGUUCUCUUGAGCUAUAUCAGUGCAAAAAGUUGAGAAGUCUUCCACAAAUGCCGAGAGGCUUAAAAUAUUUAUAUCUCAAUAUUCUGGAGUGGAAGAGUGGUCUCCGUCAUCUAUCCAAUUUCUUGACAAUCUUUUGUUUCUGCCCAAAUCUCAUCAUGUCUCCGCAGAUUAUGGAAAGUUUAGAAGUAUUGCCCUUAUCAAAUAAUGGUAUUGUUGAGUUAGAUUUGAGAGGAUGCAAAAUGCUCAACAGUCUCCCAAAUAGCACUUGGAAAUUGAGAUGUCCUAAUACUCUAAAUCUCAGUGGCUGUUCAAAUCUAGAGAAAUUGCCUCCUUUAUAUGGUUUAUGCUCCUUAAAGAAGCUAUAUCUAGAUGGCACUGCACUUGUAGAAAUUCCUCCUGACAUUGUUUCUUUGUCAUCAUUAGAAUUACUGUCUCUAAGUGAUACUCCAAUGGAAGAAUUGCCGUCAUCAAUUGGUUGUCUCUCUUCACUUGUUAGUUUGAAUUUGCAGAGAUGUAAAAAGCUUAAGAGUCUCCCAAACAGCAUUUGUGAAUUGAAAUGUCUUGAGACUCUACAUCUCAGUGGCUGUUCAAAUCUAGAGAAAUUGCCUCCUUUAUAUGGUUUAUGCUCUUUACGAGAUCUAUAUCUAGAUGGCACUGCACUCGUAAAAAUUCCCCUUGACAUUUUCUCUUUAUCAUCAUUGGAAGUAUUGUUUCUAAAUGAUACUCCAAUAGAAGAAUUGCCGUCAUCAAUUAGUUAUGAAUUGAUUUGUAAUUGCGUAAAUGCACGUGGCACCAUUAUGGCAGAUGCUAUCCAGGGAAUUAAAGCUAGAAGUUAUCCUCGUUUUUUGGUUGUUUUACCCGGAAGCAAAAUUCCUGAGUGGUUGAGCGGUGAAGGCCCAGGAUAUUUAAUAGAAACUUCGUUCCCUCCUGGUUGCUUCAAUAAUAUGUUCCUGGGUUUUGUUUUUUGUGCUAUUCUAGAAUUCAAGGCUCCUGUUGUUCAUGUGCGGGAUUUACGCUUAAGAUGUCGAAGCAGUUUCCAAAACAAUAAUGGCUACAGAGUCGCCAAAUUUACAAGUGAAUUUUUCUGUUUUGAAAAUACCAUAGAAUCAGAUCAUGUGUUCUUUUGGUACAAUGGCCGUGACAUUUCCUCUUUAGAUUGGCUCAAACAAAAUUGUGACAUGGAGAACAAGGCAGUAUUCCUCCUCAAGCCUCAGUAUAAGACACAGUGGGAAGUGAAAAGGUUUGGGUUCCACUUGUUAUAUGACAAAGUUGAGCUAAACAAAUGCAAUCCUUACAUAUGCAGAGAAGCCAAUUUUCUGGAGCAAUUAGAAGAAACAGCAAAUGCCAACAAUAAGAGAAGCAGGGAAGACUUCUACUCCAGUAAUAUCAAUGGCAACCAGGAGGUGGAAACACACCCUAAAAGAUUGAGGCCAAACUUCUUUAUGGAAGAUUACUUUUCAAAUGCUCAGGAUGGGAUUAACUACGAUGCUACUAUGGUUCCUUCAAGUUCUUCAUGUGAAUUUGCUCCCAAAUUCUACAAAUUUCUUUGA